AUGGUAGAUGAGCUGCUCAGCAGAAGAAUGUGCUGCAGUGCCAGAGGAGGAGAUGUGCUGCAGCCCAAGAGGAGGAGAUGUGCUGCAGCCCAAGAGGAGGAGAUGUGCUGCAGCCCCAUAGGAGGAGAUGAGCUGCCAGAGGAGGAGAUGUGCUGCCAGAAGAGGAGAUGUGCUGCAGCCCAAGAGGAGGAGAUGUGCUGCAGCCCCAGAGGAGGAGAUGUGCUGCAGCCCCAGAGGAGGAGAUGUGCUGCCAGAGGAGGAGAUGUGCUGCUGCCCCAGAGGAGGAAAUGUGCUGCCAGAGGAGGAGAUGUGCUGCAGCCCCAGAGGAGGAGAUGUGCUGCCAGAAGAGGAGAUGUGCUGCAGCCCCAGAGGAGGAGAUGUGCUGCCAGAAGAGGAGAUGUGCUGCCAGAGGAGGAGAUGUGCUGCAGCCCCAGAGGAGGAGAUGUGCUUCCAGAGGAGGAAAUGUGCUACCAGAAGAGGAGAUGUGCUGCAGCCCCAGAGGAGGAGAUGUGCUUCCAGAGGAGGAGAUGUGCUGCCAGAAGAGGAGAUGUGCUGCCAGAGGAGGAGAUGUGCUGCAGCCCCAGAAGAGGAGAUGUGCUACCAGAAGAGGAGAUGUGCUGCAGCCCCAGAGGAGGAGAUGUGCUUCCAGAGGAGGAGAUGUGCUGCCAGAAGAGGAGAUGUGCUGCAGCCCCAGAGAAGGAGAUGUGCUGCCAGAGGAGGAGAUGUGCUGCCAGAGGAGGAGAUGUGCUUCCAGAAGAGUAG